AGUGCGUCGUUGGUGGGGCGUCAUUGACCCGCCGAGCUUUUUUUUUCUUUAUGUUUGUGGCGUAUGAUUAGAUAUCAGCGAUGGGGGGUGGACGAAGCGCGAAACAUGACACAUUCGCACAAACAAAUUCGCAUGUUUCGUCUUUUGUUGGCGCUGGACUGUUUUUUGCUUUGUUUUGAAUGCUACAAAACCGUUGUCUACAAUGGGGCGAUAGAAUUGCACGGUAAGGUUUAUUUGAAUGUGGUAGAAACGCAUAAACUGCAUCCCGGUGGCAUCCAUCGAGGAGUGGAAAAGCUUCUGUUUUCCUCCUACGUCACGUGUAGUGUCGAAGUCUGGUGUUAAUUGCAUCAGCAAAAAAGAGGGGGGACAGGCGAGCAAAACAAUUGAAACGGCAUGAACUAAAAGUGGUAGCCACGACACACGUACAACAAAAGCAACAUGUUUUAGACGGUGCUGUUUGCACACGACACUCUCGCGUCGCCGAAGCAAUCUCUCUCUGUCUCUCUCGCUCGCUCGUUCGCUCUGUGUGCGCCGGAAGUGCACGCGGGCUCCAACGGCCCAAUUGCUGCAAUUCCGGAACAAAUGGAGACGAUAUAAAAGUAUGCACCUUCGCAUCGAUCUCAGCAGACCGUUCCGUGGAGAGUGUUGAGCAGAGCAACCGUAUUGUUGUCACACCGGGAAAAACCAGUCCGUGAAUAGGUGUGAAUUUUUCCUUCACCGCUAAGUACACCAGUAGGCGUUGCCCGUGUGAAACUUAUCCCCGUCGAAAUGCCUUGCAAGUGCUGUGGAAAUGAUUGUAAAUGCGCCAGCGGAUGUGGCAAUGGGAAACCGUGUGCGACGGAUUGCAAGUGUGCCUGUGCUAGCGGUGGCUGCAAGGAAAAGUCCGGUGGAUGCUGUGGCAAGUAAGGUUGCUGCACCGAGCGGGUUGGUGGAAAUUAUGGGAAUCUCAGCUCGAGGCUAAGGUGUGUGUGAAGACACUGAUAAGCAACCAAUAAAUCUAUUAUUUAUUGCCGAUAAAAUCGAUACUAGCUGUUCUCUAUUAGAAUCCGGCUUUACUACCUCCAAACAACAAUUAGUAAUAUUAACUUAAGGAAUGUGAUAGAAAAAAGAUUUUCCCGAAUCAUUACAUAAAAUGCACCAUAGGCAAGAACUAACAUAGUGAAAGAGGAGCCCGCUGCGCUAUUCGCGUUGCGGCUAGCGCCUGCAACUUGAAAAAAAAAUAAGAAGAGUAGUCAACUUUCCACUGUAAACGCACUCGCUAAUCCCGUUCGUGGCGGUCUGUUUGCAAACGUCAAAUCCGUGGUCGCUGCUGCAUCGGGCUAGAAGAGGAGUGUGUUGCUGGAAAUUGGUGGCUGCGGUAAAUCGGACGUAGUACGGUAGCACGGGACACGAAAUCGUUUCCAAUUCGCACUGGCCGCACGGCAUCAGAGAGAAUUGGAUAGUUCGAUAAAAGAAAGCUUGCAAGCCGUUCGGUCUGGUCGCUCGUGUACCAUCCGAUUGCUGCUGCUGCUGCUUCAUCAUCCAAACAAAACUCUGACCGCGGGAAAGGGCUGCGGUGGAGAAGGUGGAGAAAUCCACACCGCCUGCAAAAAAUCCGCCGUGGAUAAACAAAUGGUGCACAUUAGCGUGACAAAAGGUUGCGAACGCAAACGGGUCAAUGAAUUAAAGCGCAUCUCCGGCAUCCGGUAGUGUGGUGGUGCCUGGUCAGAUUAAAGCGUAUGCUCAUCGUGGCGUGAAGACAAGUGGCUGUGCGAACGUGUGUCGUCGUGUGGUGGGAACGAGAUUAGCAAAUCGAAGCUGUCGCAGCCACAGCAAGUGAUUGUUCUAUUGGCAGCGCCUAAUAAUGCAAUUUAUUCGCCGAUUUCGGAGCUGAUGGGUUGGAAUUGGUUCCGCUGUUCCCGCGCUGGCACUUUCCUGAAUUGAGGGAAAGAAACCGAACGCGAUUAGAGCCGGGGGAAACAAGAUAGGACGAAUGGUCCACGUCACCGGUCAGUUGAUUAAAGGCAUAUUAUCUCGUGUGCAAUAACGCCCCGCCGAAACAACCGGGCCAACGGGAGCAGCAAAGCAGCGGACAAAACUCGGUCGGUCUGGUAAACAAAACGAUCAAAUGUGUGCCGUCUGAAAAAGGGGAAAAACGCGCGGCAGACAAACAUCACAUUCCACCAAUCACCAUGAUCAUCCGGCAGCUGAUGGGCCUUAAUCCGUGGGCCCGUGUGCUCGUAACGUUCCUGUUCGUGUGGGUCCUGUUUGUGCUCAUAUUCUACUCCAAACUCAAUACCUCCGCCUCGUCGUCCAGUAACGCCGCUGCCGAUGGCGAAGAUUCGCUGAAACGGCUCGAACGAGCCGUCCAGCAGCUGGAACACUCGAAGCAGAUCGAUCAGGAGCUGCGCUCGUUGGUCGACGAGUAUAUGGCCGAUGCCGGUACGUCCGCCGACCGGAAACAACACUUUAUCGACGAGCUGGGCAGCAAGCUGGAGCAGGACGGUGGUGCCGGCUGGCUCGCACUUGGACGACCCCGCAAUGGACCGUCGCUUGAGUACGAACGGCUUCGGCGGCGCGUCGAUACAAACACACAGGAGCUGUGGAACUUGGUGCAAUCCGAGGUGACAAAGGUACAGAAGCAGGCGCAGCGUUCGGCACCGGAACUGGUGAAGCCAUUGAACGCGUUCCUUUCGCUGGCGGCCGAACACAAACGCUCCCUGCUGACCGAUAUCGAUCGAAUGCGUACGGUGGACGGAUACGAAGCGUGGCGACAUCGUGAAGCGACCGAUCUGAGCGACCUUGUGCAGAAGCGACUGACGCGCUUGCAGAAUCCGGAAAAUUGUUCCACCGCCCGGAAGCUGCUUUGCCGGCUAAACAAAGGCUGCGGCUACGGCUGCCAGCUGCAUCAUGUGGUGUACUGCUUCAUCAUGGCGUACGCAACCGAGCGCACGUUAAUACUGAAAUCGAAGGGAUGGCGCUAUCACAAGGCCGGCUGGGAGGGAGUGUUUCAGCCCAUCUCUGAUACGUGCCUGGAUUCGAACGGUGCAUCCCAUGCUAGCUGGCCGGGGCAGACGAAUACACAGGUGCUAACUCUUCCGAUCAUAGAUUCGCUUAAUCCGCGCCCACCGUACCUGCCACUGGCGAUACCGGCCGAUUUGGCACCACGGUUAAUGAAACUGCACGGCGAUCCGAUCGUGUGGUGGAUUGGCCAGUUUCUCAAGUACCUGCUGAAACCGACCGGCGAAACGCAACAAAUGCUCGAGAAUGGCAUCGAGCGGUUGGGCUUCAAGAAACCAAUUGUUGGAGUGCACGUGCGGCGGACUGAUAAAGUAGGCACGGAAGCUGCGUUCCACGGUAUCGAGGAGUACAUGACGGCGGUCGACGACUACUAUGAUCAGUUCGAGCUGAGGGAAAAGGUUGACAAGCGGCGUGUGUUUGUAGCAAGCGACGAUCCGAAGGUGAUUGAAGAAACGAAAACCAAAUAUCCGCAGUACGAGGUGAUCGGCGAUCCGAAUGUGGCCAAGAUGGCGGCAGUAUCGACCCGAUACACCGAUUCCUCGCUGAACGGCAUCAUUCUCGACAUACAUCUGCUCUCGCUCAGCGAUUACCUCGUGUGCACCUUCAGCUCGCAGGUGUGCCGGGUGGCGUACGAAAUCAUGCAAAGCAUGUACCCGGACGCAUCCGGUCGGUUCCGGUCGCUGGACGACAUCUACUACUACGGCGGGCAGAAUUCGCACAAUCGCGAAGUGGUUCUGCCGCACGAUCCAAACAGCCACGACGAAAUUCAGCUGCGCGCGGGUGAUUUGGUCGGUGUUGCUGGUAACCACUGGAACGGGUACUCGAAGGGCAAGAAUUUGCGAACCAACCAGGUGGGACUGUUCCCAUCGUUCAAGGUGAACGAUAAGAUCGAAAUCGUGGAGCUGCCCACGUAUCCGGACGUGAAGUAGUAUUCCUUCCCGAGGGCCGUACGCCGCCGCUUGAUAGUGAGAGAAUUGUAACGCAUGGAUCCUAUUUGAACGCUGAAUGGUCGCGAGUUUAACAAGUGUGUGCAUGUGCAUUGUGUGGAUGUGUGGUGAUGGUUGUCGUCGCUUUCCUUCUGGGUGCGUUCGGUAUGAAAGCCGGCACCUGUGGGGGGGGAUGAUCGUACGAUCGUUGCAGGAACGAAUGUUGCUUUUUGCUGUGUGAUACUGAGAAUAUUGAUUUUUUAGACCAAUUGCCAGCCUUUACAUCCGUACAUCCCAUUUUAAUUUUAUGUGCCCGUUUUUAGUUCACCAUAGUUAACAAAUUAAGGGAUUACUUUUAUGUUAGAUGAAACAGUGUGGCGUCUGGUUAGAAAACUGUCUCAGUUGAGUAUGAUAAGAAUUUGGAAGCUUUCUUUCCGCGCGAGCGAAUGAUCGGAGGAACAAAUGUAGGAACAAACUUACUUGAUAUUAAAAAAAAAACAAGAAUUAAAGGCAUUGGCCACGCGCGCCCGCCGCCCCUCUCUGCUCAUCGUAUGCCACGCGUGUGUUUUUAUACGCUUUUGCAAGCGGAAUCAGGCUGCUCUUAGUAAACGAUAAUGGAAAUCACACGUUGCAGACGAUUGAUGAAAUUUGAUCAAUUUGAACAAAAGCGAGCUAAAUGAACAGGCAUUAGGUUUUUUUUUUUUAUAUAGCAAAGUUUCGAACAGUUAGGCAAUCGCAAAAAAUCAUAGAAAAUAGAAAAUUAUAAUGUGCUAACGCGGCGAGCGAGAAAGACAGUUCCAAGCGUUGGAAUGUUUUGCAGGGAAGAACCGCCGAAGCUGUGUUGCAACAACCUUUGCAACAAUAAGGAAACUAGAAAACAAGCCAACACACCCUCAACAUGAACACCGAAUGAAAGUAUGAUAAGCAAUGUGUCUACUUCGCAAA